GAGAGGGAGGAGAAGAAGAGAGAGAGAGAGAGAGAGAGAGAGGAGGAGGAGGAGGAGGAGGAGGUUGUGUGUCUGAACCGAACUGAUUGCCAAGCUUGCAUCGACAACAGUUUUUUUCUUUAUAACGUCCUGAGCAAAGCAAUGAUGCCUUGUCCACUGUUGUCACUCUGACUGACUUGACUGGCUGGCACUUGCAGCGAGGCAUUUUGGCCAUCCAAUUUUCCAGAGAGAGAUGAAAUAGAGAGAGAAAGUCGAUGACGUAGUUGGAGGGCCCAUGAAACUGCUGCUGCUGCUGCUGCUCUUUUCUCUUUCUCUUUUUCCAGUACCUGUUUCCAGAAGAAGCAAGUAAGAGUCCAGGGACCAGGGAGGGAGAGUAGAAGCAGCAGCAUUAGCAUUAGCAUUCGCACUUGCACUUGCACUUGCUCAGACUGUGUAGCGAUCCCCACGAUUUCAAAAUCCUCCUCCCCACCCCACCCCCACAGCAGCCCCGGGCGCCCUGGUUCAAAGAGUCUCAGCACAGGGAAAGAGAGGUCAGUUGUAGCAGCAAUCCCAAACUCCCUGUGGCAAGCUUGAAAGAGCGAGCGUGAGAGCUACUGUAUGAUUCCACUCACUCGUGCGCAGUGAAGGGAAGGCAAGGGAGAAGAGGCAUAGCACAGCACAGCAUAGCAAGGCAAGGCAAGGGGGGAGUGGAACAGCAACAGCAGCAGCAGCAGAGCAGAGGGUAGUGAGUCACUCAUUACUCACACACGAGAGAUGCAGCUAGUUUUCGGGCAUCAUCCGGGAUCCUCGAAUCAGGCGCUACUGGGUCACGGAGAGAGUGUGUGAGUGAGUAAUCUCGAGUGGCGUUGUGGCCACCGGAAUUUACCUCAUCCUCGCCCUGUUCCUCGAGAUACGGAAUCAAAGGCAGGGAAAUGAGUGCGGAUGAUGUUUUUGUGACAUUUGUGGAAUCCGCAAGGCGUAUGCUUUGCGAGAGCUUCGAAACCGAGCAGCACAGGGAGUGCGAUGCCACGGCAGGCAGAUCUCAGUCUCACGGACCCAGCUGGAGCUGGGUCUGUACCCGAAUUCUGACCUGUUGCAAGGCGUAUCCUAGCGGUGUCACCGCAGCGAUUCUGCUGUCGGAGCUUUACGAGUCCUGGCUAGCCAGAGAACGGGUCGAAAGAUGCGUGAAAGGAAAGGGCAGACCUGGGCCUGCCCACGGCGUACGCAGACAGAAGCAGAUGCUGGGCUCGAAGGUCACCACGAUUGAUUCCAUCUUGGAAAGGAAAUUCGUACCUUUGGAAGCAGUGUUGGAUGCAGUCAUUCUCGAUAUUCAGCUCCUCCCUGGUACCAACAGCUACCUCUUGACCCUCGGGGACACUUGGAGCUUCAACAGCAUCGAAUUUUACCUUCACCGCAAAUUUUAUGAUCUAGUCGAUCCGACCAGUGGCAUUCUCAGAAAAGGCCGAGAGAUACGUCUCACAGGUUGUCGUUUGAGGAAUGCUCUUAGUGCGGGGUCAGUUCCGCCCCGGUUACUACCAACAGAGUACGUUAUUAUCCUGUUGGAUGAGGAACAAGAUGAAGACCUCUUUCUGUUGGGGGCCCAGUUCUGUUCUGACAACUUUUCGAGCAUUCAAACGAGCUCCAUCCGCGCUGGACUGGAAUACUACUUUUAUGCAAGAGUGGAUGAGAUCGAAGCGACCGGAGUGCAAGGUCUACAGGAGCAAGUGAAACAACAACGACUCACUUUGUGCGAUGAUAAUGGAGUCUCUCUUCCUCUCGUUCUCUGGAAUGAACAGGUUUCUAUCUGUAGCUUGCUGAGUCAAGGGAGCAUGGUAGCCAUUGAGCGCCCUUUAAUCGUUUACGAACAAGAGGGUGAGAACAAUCGAGCGAUCGGAGUAUGGUUCGAGUAUGGGAAUCGUACGCGCCUGUACACUGUUCCAUAUGUACCUGUGGCAGAACAGGUGACGGUGGAAGACACUCAACCGAGAAUGAGCUCGAUGACCCCGAAUCUCUUGGAGCACGACUUGGACUGGUCGAGGACAGAAACCGGGCAGAGUGCCUCCGUGUCACAGGUCUCUGUUCCCCGAGACCCUCAGGGUUCUCUCGACUUCAACUUCUUCCCUGUGCGGUUGCUCGUGGAAAAUGUUCGACCGAAGAUGACUAACGUGGCUCUCUAUGGGAUGGUCACUUUUCUCUCCCCAUUACCUGAUCUGGAAUCAGUAGUCAAACGCAACUUCGCAGCAUACAAAUCGGCUUAUUUAUUACGAAUCCAAGAUUGCUCUGGAGCUCUUGAUAUCAGGCUGUAUUUCAGUGAUCAAUGGUCAGCGGGAGAAAUACACGUAGGUCAAAUAGCUUUCGUCGGUGGCAUCUUCACAACAGUGAACUCCAAUGGCGGAAUGGACUGCACGUGGACCGAAAAGCAAGGAGGCGCGCUGGUUGUUAAUAUGACCCAGCUUCCGGCAUUGUUGUCAACUGCUUGCCUCCACCGGAUCGUUCCCCUGUCUAAGAUAUCUUCUUCUAGUUUAACAGUGCAAGUAUGCAGGGUGCAAAUAAAGAAUCUGGCACAGCAUGGGGUGCAGGUGAAGUUCUGUCAUAUACCGUGUGGACACCCUGUAGUUGGGCUUCCAGUUCCUGGCAGGUGGAGUUGUAACUAUUGCAGGCGAGCGUGUGAAACGAAGGAGACAGUGUUGACAUUUUUUUCAACAGCUUUAUUGGUGGACGUGUAUCCGGGUCACCACACACAGGCUUAUGCUUCGUGCUCGGGACGAGCUGCUGCGGAAGUGCUCCAGAUUUCACCUGACGAUUUCUGCUCUUGGUCCGAGAUCGAGCAAGGAAUGUAUUUGUACAGCCUCGAGAACGAAGAGUUUUUGGUCACUUUGUACUAUGGUUUCCAAGAGGAGAUGAACGCUUUACAGUCCGCCGGUGGAGCCGGAAGUGCUACGCCCGCUCCGUGUUUAAAAAUUGGACAAGCCAUCAAGGCAGAUCCUGGCAGAGGUGACGUCUAAUUGUAUAUAUUAUGAUUUGGAUAACUACCAUUCAUUUCAACCUGAAAGAUUCUUGUCACCAACUGGUCUGGUGGGAUCUCCCGGUCAGCCACCUCAGUAACCUCCCCUAGUACACUUUUUUCUGCAACUAGCAUCCCAUAUCCGUAAACGAAAUAUAGCCUCAGCAGUAAAUGCAGGCUAUUUGAACUUCUAUUGUAUCUUUUGAGAGUUACACUCAUCAUAAAGUUGGUAACAAGCGACGAAAGAUCAAUCAAGAUGGCCGAACUUGU